AUGGCUGAUAUUGCUACUCGUGAAUUUCUCGCUCAUCUUGAGGCGCUCUAUCCCAAGCAGGACGAGGGGGGUUGUCACAAUUUGCCUGAGGCCGUUCCCGAGGUCUUCAAGUACGCGCUCGAGGGCCUAAAAACUCACGAAGAACGGCUGCUCCUCGCACGGAAACUGCGUGAUGCGCUAUAUAAAUCUGGGAUGCUGUCUGGAUUUCCAAGCUGCAUACCGCAGUACCUAGCGAACUGCGUGAUGCUAAACCUCUCCGAAUUCUUUUCCACGACUUUUGCGUACGGUCACACGUACAGCUUUUUCGACGUUGUCUCGCCUGCUGAGACUUCGUUCACCAUGGUGGCGGCUCUGAUAGCUAAUGACACGCCCCGUCAAGUCGACUGGCACCUACGGGGAUCUGUGCGGAAUGGCGCUACGCUGGAUGAAGUGAAAGCAGUUCGACAGAUUGCUACCGAGGGUCGCCAAGGCAUCAGGUGUAAAGUGGAAGAAUGA